ACUUUCAUUUUCUAAAAUGGCAUGUGCAGAAAACAUUUCUUCAACUAAAUUGUUGUCUGAAAAUGAUCAGGUGAUACUAAAGAAAGGAAAAUGUUGUCAAGUAUUUCAGAUUAAAAAGAAGAGAUUUGUUUGGUUAGAUAAAGUGAAAUUUACAUUAGAUGGAGUAAUUGGACAUCGUUAUGGAACAACUUUCAGGGUCACAAAUGGAGAAAUGGUAAAAGUCAACAAAAAGGAACUAGAUGAAGCUUUCCAGUCAACAGAACAGGGAAAAGAUAACAGAGGACUGCAUGAUUUAGAUUCCAAUCAGAAACUGUCACGUGAUGAUAUUGAACUAAUGAAAAAGACUGGUAUGGAAGGGGAGAAAAUUAUUGGUCAGCUGAUAGAAAAUAGUACAACAUUUAAGGACAAAACAGAAUAUGCACAGGAAAAAUGGAUCAAGAAGAAGAAGAAAAAACAUUUACAAAUUUUUACAGUUUUGAAACCAACAGCCAGAUUACUUUGUGAAAUGUACCAUGGAAAAGCUCCACAGAAAAUUUGCCACAUAAGAAUUGACACAUUAGCCCAGAUUUUGACCUACAGUAAUGUUCGAGCCAAUUGUAACAUGGCUGUUGUGGAUACCACUAAUGGACUUGUAGUCGGAGCAGUCUUAGAAAGACUUGGAGGACAUGGGAAGGUUAUACAUUUUCACACAGGUGAAGUGACCAGACCUGCAUUAGAGGCUAUGGACUUUCCUCAACACUUUUUGGACACCCUCUAUAGUUUUCCUCUGAAUCAAACCAAUCAGAUAGAGAAUCCAGACUCACCAUAUGACGAACAAAGUGAAUCUAGAAAUAAAAAUGAAAGUAAAACAGAUCAGACUCAAAAUGAUAUUGCAAAGGAAACUGAAAACAAAAAUAAAACUGAGACAGAAAGUAUGGAUCAAAGUGAAAAUGAAGUCAAAACAGAAAAUGAUGAGACAAAAGAAAAAGAAUGUGUAGAUCUGAUCUCAGUAGAAACAAAGGAAACAGAUAAAACAUCAAAGAAACAAGAAGGAAAUCAGGGGAAAAGAAAGCACAGAGAUAGGGAAACAAGAGAACUCAGCAGAAAUCUAAGAAACAAAAAAAUAAGAGAAGCUAAACAGUUGUUGUUACAGAGAAAUAUGGACGGAUUGAUAGUGGCCUGUAAAUAUCAUCCAACACCUAUAGUAUUGGCUCUGUUAGAAUAUAUAGCUCCAUGUCGACCAAUAGUUUUGUACAGUCAACACAAAGAGCCAUUAAUGGACUGUUAUGCCUUUAUGAGAGAAAGAGGAGGAAUUGUAAACUUCAGGCUGACUGAGACAUGGCUCAGAGAGUAUCAGGUAUUACCAAUGAGGACACACCCACAUAUAGGGAUGAGUGGAGGAGGAGGGUAUCUAUUGACAGCUCUCACUCUAAUGAAACCUACUUGAUGAUUAUUGUGGUUCAUUGAAAUAAAAAAAAAAAUGAAAAAUGACCAUUAUUGAAUAGGACUCUUACAAGUCAUCAUAUCAGGAUGUUUAAGUAAUGGGAAGAUUUAUUGGUGAAGGAUACAUCAAAACAUUCUGAUUGGUUGCAGAUAUUCAAAACAAUGGAGGAUAGAUAUUUAAGGAUGUUCGCUACUCUGUUUCAAAAUAACAAGCUUUUUAAAAGACUGUUAUAAAUUGAUAGUAUAUAAAUAAAGGAACUAAAAUAGCAGAAAAAAAUGAAGGGUCCGUGUGCUUGUUUUCGAGAUAUAAGCCGUUGAAAAUUUGUUGGGAAAUAAUUCUCUCUAGACUUUUCAUACAUUUAACAUUGGCACCCUUUUGCUUUCAAAAAUUAUGAAAAAAUUACAAGGAUUUUAUAGGAUUUUCAAACAUGGCUUUUUAAACUUUAUGUAAUAAAAUUAUGAAAAGAAAAGUUGGGGUUAGCGUGGAAAAUUUUGUAAUGGCCCUACAUGGAUAAAACUAGAGGAUUCCGAAUAUCUGGCAAAAAUUCAAAAACAAGAGGAGUGAACAUCCUUAAUGAAGUAACUUUAAUGCCGUUUAAGCAUAUGUUCAAUGAAUUUAUCCAAUCUUGAGAUAUUAAAAUGGCAAAUAAAAAAAAAGGUUUACAAAGAGGACUAAAUAUUUCA